UUUAAGUUGACCGGAAGUGUGACUAGGAUGAUGAGGCGGAGUCGGGAGAGUGAGCGUCGAUCGGAGAGGCGCGAUGAGGGACCGAGGAGAGGACCAAAGACACCCCCAGAACCUGGACCGAGUGGCGAAAGUGGCUCACAUGAAGGAGGUCGUAGGAGGUCAGGGAGUGGCCGAUCGGGUGCUCGGAGAAGCCGUUCGAGGUCUCCGAAGUCGAAUCGGGGAGAAUCUCGGAAGAGACGAUUGACAAGAAGUCGUUCUGGGAGUUCCCGGAAUGAACUCCGGAAGGUCGAUGACUUGUCGGCUGAAAUUGCCCAUUUGAGGCAGCAGUGUGCUGAGAAGGAGAGGAAUCUGCAGAAGAUGUACAAUCAGCUGGAGCGUCCGGGGAGUCCGAGGAGGUGGAAUCACCGGCCAUUUCACUGGCAUCGGCAGCAGCGGGGUGGUUGGAGGGGUUUCCGGCCGAGGGGCUGGAGGAAUUUCGGGGGCAAUCGAGAGGGAUUUCCUGAGGAGCCGGUGAGGCAGACGGUGACCAUCAAGAGGGACAACCAGUCUCCAAUCAACAUUCCACUGGACAUUGUGCAUUACACAAAAACCCUGCCAUCCCUCAUGUUCUCCUGCAACACCAAGGUCUUCGAAAUCCCAGAUAUUCCUCCCAGAGAUGAUCAGGAAGAGGAUUGGGAUGCUGAGCUCGAAGCACAGAAUCUCUGGCAAAAUAAUCUGCCAGUGGAUCAUCCGCAGGAAAUACCCAAAGCGGCUACUCCUCCCCCUCCUGCAAAGCCUCCUUCCUCCCUCCCGGAGACCCCAAAGGCCCCCUGCAGUGAGCUCAAUGACUCAAAGGAGUCUCAAAGUGAAAAGGAAGUGAUUAAAGUGAAGAAGAGUGAUGAAAAAGUGAAAUCUAAAAAAAGUGACAAGGACAUUGAGAAGAAGCGGGAAGAGUUUCUGGUGAAGAAUACAGUGUUGAGUGUGAAGAAAGAGGCAGAGAAGAAGACACAGGAGGAGUUGAGGAAGAUCAUGGAGAGUACGCAGAAGGAUGAAGUAGAUGACGAGAGUGACGUGAUUUUAGUAAAAGAAGUGAAAAGUGCAAAGGAGGCAAAAAGUGCGAAGGAAGUGAAGAAAAAGAAGGAAGCGAAGGAGCAUAGGGAAGUGAAGGAGCACAAGAAGAGUGCUGGGCAGAAGAAAGUGAAAAUAGCUGAAACUCCCUCGUCGACAGAAAAAGUUGCUGAAGGAAAAGUGGAAGUGAAACAACUGGAAAAGAAGGUUCCAGUGCCGAAGAAAAUUGGCUCGAAGCGCAAGAAGAGCUUUAGUUCAACCACGAGCACAUCAACAACAUCAACUUCAGCUUCAUCCUCUUCGUCUUCAGAGUCUGACACUGAUUCUGACUCCACGAGCAGCUCCAGCAGUUCCUCCUCGUCGUCUUCGGAGACUUCAUCGAGCAGCGCUGAGAAGACCAAAGAGCGUAUCCGGAGGAAGAAGAAAUCCGUGUCUAAGACUGAGGAGAAGAAGAGUAAAGAAAAGAAGGGGAAAGAGAAGGAGAAGAAAGAGAAGGAAAAGAAGGAGAAAGAGAAGAAGGAAAAGGAGAAAAAGGAAAAGGACAGGAAGGAAAAGGACAGGAAGGAAAAGGAGAACGAAAAAGAAUUGCAAAAGGAAGCUAAAGAGAAGGAGGAGAAAGUCGAAGAACCUGAACUGGUGAUGCUUUUUGAGCCACCAAAACCCGAGGAGACGAAGAUUGUCCAGAAUUCGAGGGAGAUUGAGUGUCAUACUCCUCCACUUCCGCCGCAAAUGAUAAACAUUUCACCGGCCAAGAGGACGCCGAUUGUUUUGAAGUUGCCGGGGAAGGUGGACAAGGUGACUCCGACCAGAAUCCCAGCAGCAAUUGUUCAUGACGUCGAAGAAGACACGGACUUCACAGAGACGCUUAGGGCAAAGUCCAAGAGUCCUUCUGAGGACAGCGAUGCCAAACUGGUGACCACGACUUGUGGCCCAGAAGUAGAGGAACAGGCUAGAUUCAGGAUGACCAGGGAGGAGGAGGAGGAAUUGUCCCGUGUGAAGAGGAGACGCUACAGAUCUCCCUCCAGGCAAUCCAGCUCCAGUCGAAGGCACCGGAGUCCCCAGCAUGAGAAAUCCCGGCGUUCAUCGCGCAGCGAAAGGCGCUUUUCGCCCUCCCCGGAAAGAUCUCGCCGUCGAAGUUCCCGGAGAGAUUCUCCUCCGUCGCGGAGGCGUCGUUCCUCUCCGAGAUCUUCCCGGAGGCGCCGACAUUCGAGAUCUAGGUCCUGGACUCGUAGUCCAUCGAGGUCUCCGAGGAGCAGAAGCCGCUCUCGCAGCAGGAGCAUCAGCAGAGAAAGGGGACACAGGAGGAGGAGUCCCUGGAGGCCACCGAGUGUAACUGGACUGAGUUUUUUAACUGACAAAACAGCAGCUCGAAGUUGGGCAGAAUGGGACACAGUUUAUGACAAAGCAAGCUCAGAGAGGGCGUUCUAUGCCUUUGAGCCGCAGAAUUUCACAGAGAGAAGACCGGAAGUGACUGCUCAGUGGACUGCACCGCCUAUGCCAGUUUCUCCGCCGCAUCGGGCUUCGCUGGAUGAACGCAUCAGUUCUGCUCUCACUGAACCUUCGAGGGAGGUUCCGGAACGACAAAACGCAGCACUGUACCAGCAGAACUAUCAUCAUCAUUUUCCAACGUACACGGGCACUGGCUUCCCGCGUCCCUAUCAUUCCACCAAUGAGUAUUCGCACUACACCGAGUCCAUCUACCACCACAACAAUCUGCAGCAGCAGAUGAUUGACCCCAAUUUUCAGUCAUGUCGACCCUCCUCCAAUCUCAUCAGCAUCCCCCAAGUGGAGCAGCUGCCCAAGCCACCCAGCAUGCUGCAGAAGGGCAAUGUGAUCGAAGUAGUGCCCACAACUGUUACCCAGGAAGCUGCUGCCCUGGCUAAAAUUCCCCAUCCGCCCCAGAAUACCCUUCCGGAAACUGCUUCUCCCAGUUCAGUGGCCAAGAAGCCGUUUUUUCCUCCCCUGGGAACACGCCCCAAAGUGACCAAGACGGCGGAGCAGCGUAAGGCUAUCCGCGAGAAGAAGAGGCUAGAGAAGAAGAUGCGCAAGAAAAAGUUGGAAUUUGAGAUUAAGCAACUCCUUUCGGGUGCUCAGAGUGUUGAGAUUACUUCGGAGGAGAUCCUUCCGGAAGUCUCAGAGACGCCGGUUAAGGAGAAUUCUGACAGUGUUUCUGUGGUGAAGAAAGUCAUCUUCUCGGAUGGUGUUGUUCCCGGUGCGAGUUCAUCAGAUUCUGGAGUGUCUUCGUCGGAUGAAUCCAUCUCGGCGGAGGCUCUGACUGGCAUGACGGCCAAUCAGCUCAAAAAGUACAGGAAGCAGAGGAAGAGGAAGAAGAAGGAACUCAACAAGGAGAACACCAUGAUUGUGGACAAAGUUGAGACUCUUCCACCUGUCCGUGAUCCUCGGCGUCAGCCAGAGACUCCAAAGAAUGGAGCCAAAGAGGAAGAUACGGCGAAUUAUCCCCCACCAUCUCCACCUCCUGGAGAUCCUCCGCCGCACAUGGUGCAGCCGACGCUGAAGCGUGAAGUGCAGGAGCGUCCCAAGAAGCUCCUCUACUUCAAUGCCAUCCACCGAGAGAAGCGUAUGGACAUCUUCUCCAUCUACGUUCCCCCGUCGGCCUUCGUCAAGAUCCAGGAUCCGCGACUCCUGAAGCAUCCUCAGCUCAAUCGCCGUCGAAUUGCAGCUCCACUCUUUCCUGCAAAUGUCUACCCGAGACCCCCUCAGCCCUAUCCCCAUCUGCCGCCUGUCCAGGUGUCUCCGGCAGCUGGCAUUCGAGCUCCACCAGUUCCAGCUCCAGCGCCACCUCCUCCCCCUCCCGCAACUCCCUAUGACUCCUUCAUUAGCGCCACUUCGAGGAUUCCUGUCCUCGCUCAUCCCUCGCCUGCUGUUCCCCCAUUCCCGCCUCCUCCUCUCCAUCCUCCUCCUCCGCUUCAUCCCCCGCCACUUCCCCCUCCCCCCAUGCAUUGUCCUCCUCCGCAUCACUUCCCCCCGGGAGCCUAUUACGUCAACAAUGGACCCAUUCCCCCUGGAAGAUACUAAAAGUCUCGUGUUGCCUGCAGAAUCAAAUCUUUAUUAUUGCUUAAAAGGUCACAAAGGGUUUAGAGAGGAUGCACAUGACAGUCUCACUGCCUCAGCAGAAAGCUCAUAUCGGAAUUGGGGGGCACUUCGGCGGGAGGCUGCGACCUGCGGAAAAAAAGGAAAAGGUGGAAAGUGAGUAGAAAAUUUUACAAAUGAAUGCGAAAAAAAAUCUGAGAAAUCAGCACGGAAUUAAAUUGAAAAGUUUAGAAGAUUCUCUUAAAUUUAAGAGGUGCAGUCUUUAUAGUGUUUCAAGAUUGUUUCACGUUUUAAGAGAAAGUGUGAAGAAAUAUACACAUUCAUGAAUAUAAAACAAAAA